UGUUGUCUGUAUCAUCUAUGCGUUUGUCUGAAUAAGUUCACAAUCUUUUUAAAACAAAUGGUUUGACGAAGACAAGAGAGUUACCAGAAAGGGAAUUUUUGAAAUAUCACCGUAUACAAGAGGUUGACAGAGCGAUGACGGGAAGGGAUUUAGGAGCCAAGGUGUCCAGCCUUUUUGACGUGGUCGCCCUACACCGACCCCUGAAGAACGCAGGUUCCAGCGUCAUCUCCUACGCCUGUGAUCCUCGCCAUGACGAAGACGUGGGGCUUCAUAGGGCGAAGAAGGUUUACUACGAGAACACGUAUCAGUUGGAUCCACCAUCAAAGUUCAGAGCGGACAAAGUCAGGCCCAUUAUAGAGCAGGUCCUGCAAGUUAAUCUGGAAGGAAUGAAGUAUGACCCCAUAGAAUGCUCCUAUCUGUCCAAAAAGCUGUCAGACGAAAUCAAACACAAAGUCAAGGAACUCAACUUUAAGAGGUACAAGUUGGUGUGUACCGUGACGAUCGGACAGAGGCACGACCAGGGGGUACAGAUUGGGUCCCGCUAUCUGUGGGACGCCGAUAGGGACAACUUCGCCGCCGCCUCCUUCCACAACCGCCACAUCUUUGCGGACGGCUCUGUGUAUGCCCUGUAUUAUGAGUGAAUGGACGAAACAGUGCCCCAUUGCGGUGCGCCUGCCUCUUACUAUGCGCGUGCUUACCUGUUACAUGCAAUUUUCUUUAAAACUGAUCUAGUAAAUUUUUUUUUAGCAUGUUACCAUUCGAAAUCAAAAUAACUGAUAUAUUCUAUUGAAUUUAUUUUGUUGUUGUUGUUGUUAUGUAAUUAAAUGUGUUUAUGAAUUAAAAAUUUAUUUUAAACGAU